UUCUAUUUCCAUUCUCUAUAUAAGGAGUUUGAAAUCCUUCACAUUGUUCGCACAACAAAAUUUCUUAUAGAGAAGAUAGGGAAGAUCUAGAGAGGGAGCGAGAGAUGGGGAAAUUAUGUCCGAGUGAGGUGUUCAAUAAGGUGAAACCCUACUUGCUGAUGGUGAGCUUACAAUUUGGAACAGCUGGAUUGUACAUAAUAAGCAUGGCGACACUCAACCGCGGGAUGAGCCGAUGUGUUCUUAUUGUCUACAGGAAUGCCGUUGCUGCCCUCGUUAUUUCUCCUUUUGCCCUUGUUCUUGAAAGGAAAAUAAGGCCAAAGAUGACAUUCUCAAUAUUCUUACAGAUAAUGGCUCUUGGGUUUCUUGAACCAAUCCUGGAUCAGAAUUUUGCAUACUUGGGAAUGACGUACACGUCUGCAUCAUUUACGUCUGCAAUUAUGAAUGCCGUUCCGUCCGUUACUUUUGUCAUGGCCGUUAUUUUCAGGAUAGACCGAGUGAAGAUAAGGGAAAUACCAGGGCUAGUCAAAAUUGUAGGGACAAUCGUGACAUUCGCGGGGGCACUUGUGAUGACACUGUACAAAGGGCCGAUCAUCAACAUGAUACGGUCAAGAAACCAUGCCAGCAGUGGAACGGCGGACGAUCCCUCUGACAAGCACUGGGUCACCGGCACCAUCUUUAUCCUCAUCGGUUGCUGUGCCUGGUCUGCUUUCUAUAUAUUGCAAUCAAUAACAAUAAAGAAGUAUCCGGCGGAGCUGUCACUAUCGUCGUUGAUAUGUUUGAUGGGAGCAGUGCAAAGUGCGGCAGUAGCCCUCGUAGCGGAGCGCCACCCAGCGGCUUGGGCUGUCGGCUGGGAUUCUCGUCUUCUUGCCCCUGUUUAUACUGGAGUAAUUAGCUCCGGUGUUACGUAUUAUGUUCAAGGUUUAGUGAUGAAAACAAGAGGGCCGGUGUUCGUGACAGCAUUCAACCCUUUGUGCAUGAUCAUUGUUGCUGCCUUGGGCACCAUCAUCUUAGCUGAAAAGCUCUACCUCGGAAGUAUAAUUGGGGGCAUUGUCAUAGCUUUUGGGCUUUACUCGGUGGUGCUAAAGGGGUGGCAAAAAUGUAGAAUUCGCCCAAGGAUGGGCAAGCUGGACCAACCAUAAUUUAGUACUCCAGAGUGUAAUUUUUUUUUCUUUUUCUUUUUUUCUUUUUUGCUGAAAUGAUAGUUUUAGUACUCAAGAGUGUUGUACAUAUACAAUGUGAUAGUGAAAUGUUCAAUUCAUAUAUGAAUAUGAAUUUAAUUUCCUUCCU